GCCCGCCGGCCCCGCUCCGCUUCGACUUUCCUCGCGGCCCGGCCGCACCGGGGCCGCUAUAAAUCCGGCGGCGGCGGCGGCGGCUGCCCGGGCCGUGCAGGGAGCGGAGCCGACCGGGGAGCAGGGCCGCCCAGGCGCCGGAGGAGAUGAGCUCUCUACGGUGCUCCUCCCGGGGCACGAAGAACCGCGAGGUGGCGGCGACCCUGCGCUACCGCUCCGGCACCGGGGCCGGGGAGCUGCCGGCCGCCGCGGGGGGCGCUCCGCCGCCCCCCGCCGCCCCUUUGGCCCUGCAGACGGCUCCCCACCUCCUGGCCAGCAUGCACCUCCAGAAGCUCAACAGCCAGCACCGCGCCGCGGGGGGAGUCCGGCGCUCCCAGGAGCCCCGCUCGCCGCCCGGCUGGGGCUUGGGGACGCGGGGCGCGGGCAGCCGCUCCCCCCCGGCCGCCGGCCCCGGCAUCAUCGACUCGGACCCGGUGGACGAGGAGGUGCUCAGGGCUCUGGUGCUGGAGCUUGGCCUCGACAGGGCGGACGAGCUGCCGGAGCUCUGGCUCGGCCACCACGAGUUCGACUUCCCCGCGGACCUGCCGGCCGGCUGCUGAGGCUGGAGGGCGGCUGGGGCCGGGGCCUCCCGCGUCGCCCCACCGGGGACCCGCCGUCAGGUGCCGCUGAGCGCGGAGAGCGCCCCGGCUGCCCCACGGAGGGCGAGGGCCGGCGCUGCGGGCGGGGUGGGGGUGCAGGGAGCGCUCGGAGCCCGGCCGAGGGUGGGAAGGGGCCGCCCUCGGGGCUGGAGGAGGGGUGGGGCCGCGCUGCCCGCCCCCAACAGGGAGCCGCCUCGCUGGACCAGGCAGGCGGAGGUCUCAAGGUGCUGUCUAAUAAAAUCUGGAAGGACCCUUA